GCACGUCGCGGCACCACGUGUGCUCCGGAUUCGAUCUCCUCGUCGUCGGCGAACGCGCACAAUACAAUCGUCGCGCGAUACAUCGUCGGCCCGACGCUUUUCACUGGGAUUUUCGAUCGCGCCAGCGGUUUCGUGUUUUUUGCCACCUUCCUCUCCCACCAGCCUCUCUGUCCGUCGUUCAGUGAUUACUCAGCGGUGUGAUCGGAGAAGCGCGGUGAUAAACGGACGACUCGACUCUGCCUUUCUCGACGGUAACGGUUUACGGUAACCGUAGUGUGCGUGAUGCGGUGAACAUGGUGCUACGAGGGAUCUAAGGGAUCUAUGGAUGAUCAGCGACCUAACUUUUUUCCACAAUCGAAGAUACUUCGCCUAACAAUACGCUGCGAACUAACACGGCGUAACAUUGGAAAAUAAAUAUGAUGUGCGCGCGUUAUUUGUACGCGACAAGGGUAUUCGUUAACAAACGACGACGAGGGACGUGCGAGUCUUCCCGACGGUUCGUGAAGAUUGAAAAUUCCCGACGGGUGUGCCGAUAAACAUCGUCUUCCGCGUAAGUCUCUCGGAGAAAGGGCGGUCGCGGCUGUGUAAUAGCCCGGCGUCUCGGUGCAAUCAGAUUCUACAGAGAUAUCCUGCCAGCAGGUAUUCCAGAAAGCGGGGAACAAGCGCGAACUUAUUGUUAGUUACCGGGCGGAAUCGGGAGAGACGAGACAUGUCGAACAAUUUAGCUGCGACUACAAAGCCACGCUGCAGACGUCGGUGACUCUAGUCGAACUGCAGGAUUUCUGCGCAGAAAAAUUGCGUUGCAACACGGGUAUCCUGCGUAACACGCAUCGGCGACUAUCGACGUAAAGCAGCCGCGGCGGUGAAGUCCGGGUGUCGGCGAGAGAAACGAUGAACGAAUCUAGACGAGCCGGGAACGUAGCGGCGCGAUAAUAAUAAUAUGUGGACAACGCGGCCACGGACCAGGCGAAAGUCGCGACAACCGUCGACCCCGUCGUGCAAGGGACGCGAUAAUCGGACGUGGAAUCGCCGUCGGGACAGCUUUCGCAUCAUCUAUUCGGUGAUAUUGGCGGCCUGCAUGGCGACGCAAGAAGCGAGAUGCGCCAAGUGCCCGCCACCGGACACAAUACCCGGCUGCCCGUGCUACAACUUCGAGAACGGCGGUCUGUUCCUGGAGUGCGCAGGUGCCACCGAGGAGUCCCUCAGGAACGCUUUGUCCGGCGUGAUACAUGCCGCCGGCGAUGAAGGCGUGCUCGUGCAAUCGUUGAGCGUGUACGAAUUAGACCGAAAAGUAGAGGAACUUCGGUCCGCCGCUUUUCCGGCGGGCUCGCAAAUUAGGCAUCUGCAAAUAUCGCAUUCCGCGAUCCGCGAGAUAAGCGAGAAUGCUUUUGAGCGACUAAGCAAAAGCCUGGAAUCCUUGGCACUCGUAUCCGGCCGACUAGCUCAGGUACCUCAAAAGGCAAUGGGCACGCUGAGCCUACUCAAAGCGCUGGACCUCGAGGCUAACCUCGUUCAAGAGCUGCCCAGCUUCAGCUUCUACGGGCUCUCCUUGAUCAAGCUAAACCUCAAGGGUAAUCAAAUCAUGAAAAUCUCCGAAUAUGCCUUCGCCGGGCUCGAGGGCACGCUGAAGGACCUGGACCUGGCGGAGAACAAGAUCCGGCUGUUCCCCAUGACUUCCCUGAGACGAUUGGAACACCUUACGUCCUUAAGGCUCGCGUGGAACGAGGUGUCGCAGCUGCCGGAGGACGGCUAUUCCAGGCUGGACGCCUUGAACUUCCUCGAUCUCAGUAGCAACAAUUUCAAGGACAUACCGCUCAAUUGCUUUCGCUGCUGUCCGUCCCUCAAGACCCUGUCCCUUUAUUACAACGCGGUCGAGUCGGUGGACAAGGAUGCCUUCAUAUCGCUGAUUGACCUUGAGUCGAUUGAUCUCAGCCACAACAAAAUCGUGUUCCUCGACGUGGCGACCUUCCGUGCCAAUCAAAAACUCAGGUCGAUCGAUCUCAGCCACAAUCACAUACACUACAUCCGCGGCGUGUUCUCGCGGCUGCCCGAGCUGAAGGAGCUCUUCCUUGCGGAGAAUAACAUCCUCGAGAUACCCGCGGAGACGUUCUCCGGCAGCACGAGUUUGUCGGUCGUAUACCUGCAGCAAAACGCCAUCAGACGGAUCGACGGCCGUGGCCUCGCGACGCUCAGCCAACUGGCGCAGCUGCACCUGAGCGGCAACUACAUCGAGAAGGUGCCGCGCGACUUCCUCGAGCACUGCGAGAACCUGUCGACGCUCUCGCUCGACGGCAACAACAUCCGCGAGCUCGAGGUAGGCACGUUCGCCAAGGCGAAGCAACUGCGCGAGCUGCGGCUGCAGGACAACCAGAUCACCGAGGUGAAGCGCGGAGUGUUCGCGCCGUUGCCGUCGUUGCUGGAGCUGCACCUGCAAAACAACGCAAUCACGGACAUGGAGACGGGCGCGCUCAGGUCCCUGCACAGUCUGCAGCACGUGAAUCUGCAGGGCAACCUCUUGGCGGUGCUCGGCGACGUGUUUCAGAUAUCCAACGACGUCGGGCAGAGUGAAAGCAGCGGUAGCUCGUUGGUGUCCAUUCAGUUGGACAACAACGGCCUCGGCGUCUUGCACAAUGACUCGUUAAGAGGUCAAGCCUCGGUCAGGAUCAUGUGGUUGGGGCACAAUAGGCUGACUCGUUUGCAAGCGCCAUUGUUCCGAGACCUGUUGCUGGUGGAGCGGCUCUACCUCACCAAUAAUUCCAUCUCGCGGAUCGAGGACACCGCGUUCAAGCCGAUGCAGGCGCUCAAGUUCCUCGAGCUUAGCAUGAACCGGUUGAGUCACGUAACCGUCAAGACCUUUUCAGAGCUGCACGAGCUCGAGGAACUCUACCUGCAGGACAACGGCCUGCGACGUUUGGAUCCUUACGCCUUGACCGCCCUCAAGCGACUGCGUGUGCUCGACUUGGCGAAUAAUCACCUCAACGUGUUGCACGACAAGAUCUUCCAGGAGGGCCUACCGAUCAGAACGCUCAACCUGAAGAACUGCACCAUCACCGUCAUCGAGAACGGCGCCUUCCGCGGACUGAAUAAUCUCUAUGAACUGAAUCUCGAGCACAAUCACUUCACUGCCACCGCUCUAGACCGUCUCGACAUACCGGGGCUGAGGGUCCUGAGAAUAUCGUACAACAACUUCAGCCAGAUCAACGGCAACUCCUUGGACGGCUUGCCAUCUUUACAGCAUCUCGCGAUGGACUCGUCGCAGAUCAGCAGGAUGCCAGCCGAGAUCUUCUCGAAGAACAAGAAUCUGGGGAAACUGUUACUCAGCAACAAUCGACUCAGGGUACUACCAGCGACGUUGUUCCUAGGCCUGGAGGUGCUCAAGGAAGUCAAGCUGGACGGCAACCGGUUCCAGGACGCGCCGUACGAUGUGUUCGCGAACGCCAGCACGGUGGAGUUUCUCUCGCUGGCGAACAACGUGCUCCUGCAGAUGGACAUGUCGCGGCUCAACGGACUCAUCAGCCUGCGCGAGCUCGACCUACGCGGCAAUUACAUUAUGUCCCUCACCGGCUUCUCCACCGCCAAUUUCUCCCGUCUGAUAUCCGUUGAUCUGAGUCACAAUCACCUGGCGGCUCUGCCGGCCAACUUUUUCGCCCGCUCGAACAUGCUGCGUAAGAUCGAGCUGGCGGCCAAUAAAUUCCGUCAGAUACCCGCGGUGGCGCUCACGGCGCAAAAUAUCCCCGGUUUAGCCUGGCUCAACGUCACCGCCAACCCCCUUGUGAGAAUACACGAGAUCAGCUCGGAGGCCAAAUAUCCGGCCUUGCAGGAGAUCCAUAUAUCCGGCACGAACCUGACCAUCGUCACCAGCCAAGACUUCGAGGCGUUUCCCGCGCUGAUGCAUCUUUUCAUGGGCAGCAACAUGAUAUCCCGGGUGUCGCCCAGCGCAUUCCGAAGUCUUCCCAAUUUAUUGACGCUGGAUCUCAGCGUGAACGAGCUGGAGCUGCUGCCGCAGGAGAGACUGAAAGGGCUGGAACACCUGCGACUGCUGAAUCUCACGCACAACUGUUUGAAAGAGCUCGAGGACUUUCCGCCCGACCUCAAGGCUUUGCAAGUGCUCGAUCUCUCGUACAAUCAGAUAAGCGGAGUGGGAAAGAGCACGUUUCAGCAUCUAGAGAAUCUGGCCGAGCUGCAUCUCUACGGGAACUGGAUAUCGUCGAUCUCGCCGGACGCGUUCAAGCCCCUGAAGAAGCUCAGGAUUUUAGAUCUAAGUAGAAACUACUUGGCGAACUUACCGCUGAAUGCCUUUCGACCUCUCGAAACGCAAAUACGGAGUUUACGAGCCGAGGAGAAUCCACUGCACUGCGACUGCGAGUCCCAGGAGCUCUGGGAAUGGCUGCGCGACCAUCAGAAGCUGGUCGGCGGCGGGAUGAGCCGAAAUCGCGGCGGAGGCGGACUGAGGGUGAACGACAUGGACAGCGGUCUACUGCGAUGCGAGCAGCCGCCGGAGCUGCGCGGCCUGGUGUUCCUCGACCUGGACCCGCACGCCUUCUGCUCAGCGCCACUGGUGCUGAAACUGGCGAUCCAGGACAUUCAGCCGUUCUCCGUGCUGGUCUCGUGGCAGAGCAGGAAUCACUCCGGCCUGCGGGGCUACCAAGUGGCCUAUCACGCGUUGGACAACGUCGACGAGGUACGUGCCAAAAUACUCGAGCCGAGCGUGCGCUCGGUGAAACUGUCGAAGCUGUCGUCAAACACCCGCUACCUCAUCUGCGUGUUCGGCCUCGGCAACUGGAUGACGCCGAGCGUCGAGAACAACCCGAGCGCGGAGCAGCUGAACUUCUCGCAGACUGAGAUCCUCGCGUCCACGCCGAGCUCACAGAUGACCGACUCGUCCACCAGCCGCUGCACCGAGGUGAAAACGUUGGACGUGCCGGACGCGAUAAUCAGCAGCGACGGCUCAGCCAUGGGCGACGUUGGCAGUGUCAGCAGCUUCCUGACGCGACGGCUCGGCUUGAUAGUCGGCUGCUGCAUGGGUUUCGUCGUCUUCCUGCUACUGGUGUCCGUGCUCGGCUAUCUCAAGGUCAAGAAACAAAGGGAGGCGGUGAAGCGGGAGCAACAGCCGAUACCGCCCGAGUACAUAUCGUACCGGCACUUCAGCAUACAGAGCGGCGAGGCCGGCCACACCGCUGCCAAGCAGACCAGCAUCCAAGAUGGCCAACAUCCGAGUUUCAUCGGCAGCAUGGGCAACACCACGCUGAACGUAUGAGAAAAGUCACGGAACUCCCGACUCGUGGAGGUCUCGAACGUGUGAGCAGGCCCGAAUCACUCGUCGAUUCGAGCCUGCUGACCGGAUCAGAGGACUCCUGCGACUCGCGGAAGUUUCGAAUCUACAUGCGCCAAAACAAACCAACAAGAGUCUCGAACAGACUGCUAUAUUCGAAUCCCCGCGGCAUGACGCCGCCGCCGAGGUCUCGCGAAAUUGAGACUCGGACUGUCGCGAUCAUCGGCGCGCGCUCGUGCCGCUCUCUGAAGUAUGACACGCACUUCAAGUGCUACACAUAACACACACACACACACACACGCGCGCGCGCGCGCGCGCACGCACGCACACAUACACACAGACACACGUACGACACUGAAACCGAAGAAAAUACACACCCCAUGCACACACAUCGGAGACACUUUUUCACUGUUAUCCCGGAGAUGAUGAUGCGUCGUCGCGGUAACGACGUCUGGCCAAGCCAGAACUAUCGCAAAUCACAUAAACGAACAGCAACGAAGAGUUCGAGCGAGUACGAGCGUUGAGUGAGUGAGUAUAUAUAUUUAUGUGAGAGAAUGCGACGCGCGAAUGGAACCUUACCGAUUAAGUAGCGGAGCAUUUUAUAAGGGAUUUUCUACGAGUCUAAAUUUCGUUCCAAGUAACUUUAAUCACUUUUGCGAAGAGGGGGAGGGCUACAGACGUCAUAUUGGACGAGCGGGAGAUCGGACGGACGGACGGACGGACGGACGGAUAGACGAACGAGAGUCAUCCCCGUGAGAGAGUGUACAGAACAGGAAAUUGGUUUCGGUAAUAUACGAGCGACGUGAGCGCGCGCGCGUCCGCGCACACGAACCACACGCAAGAGCAAAUUCUCUCUCGUAUAGUCUGAAAAAAUCUUACAGCUUUUGAACAAGACAAGAUGUAUUGUAUAGCGAGCGCACUUUCUCCAUCGCCCGCCGAGAGUAAUAAAUAAUGCCGCAUUCAGCCGAGAAACGCGUCAUUGAACUUUGUAUGAAAUUGUCACUCAAUAAAUCGGGACUCUUGAAAUGUUAACAAUGUGCGAUGUAUGGAACGUCGCGCUGAAUACAAUCGAUACGCGCGCGCGCACGCGAUCCGAAAGGCAGAGGCGAUAACGAUAACGGCCGUCGGUAGGGUUUACAGAUACGCGACCGACCCGUCGAGCUGUUGCGAGGAUCCACAAAAAGCUUAAGCAGUAAGCAAAUUAAUCAGUCACAGCUGAAUAUUUUUGAGCGCCGUAAGGAAAAUAAUCAAUUUUGAUUAGUCAAUUUUCUUUCCAAAGAUGCUGGCGCGUCCAAAGCGAUCUUGACAAUGAAAUUUAUUAAAUUGUAAGUAAGGUGCUUCCUGGGUCGUUAAAUCCGAAUUUAAAGUCAAAAUUGCAAAAUUCAAAAUGGUGGACCAAAUAUCCAAAAACUCGUUUGGUUCUCAAAUAAAUUUUUAUCGAGGGUUUCUGGAAGUCGUUAUUUUGAUUAAAAAACGGCACAUUCAAUAUCGCGACGGCAAAUAUAAAAUAAUUAUCAAUUUGUAUAAAAAUUUAUUUUCAGGCAUUUUUUUUAAAUCGGUUGAAUUCGAGAGGAAAGUUUCAGAUAAUAAUAACGGAUCCGAUAGUAGCCGAAAAAUGUAGAAAAUUAUCCAAUUUGCAUGAAAGUUGAAUUUCAGAAAUGUUUGGCUCCAUUUAAUAUAAAUUUAAAAUCGGAGUUUUCGAAUGCAGAUGGAGUAUGUGCGAUCCUAAAACUUGCGGAUAUUUCCGUCAUUAAGAGUCUUUUCUUCCGCCGUUAAGUUAAAGGGUUAAGGGGUUAAGCAGUAAGAUAUAAGCAGUCAGGAAAUUGACUAAUCAAAAUUGAUUAUUCUUCUUACUGUCCAAGAACAUUCAACUGUGAUUGGUUAGGGCCAUGGCACAUGGAAUAACAUAAGCGGUAAGACAUAAGCUGAAAACAAACCGAGCAAGUUGAGAAUAUAAGCAGUCCCCGCUUACAUUUCAUUUAUGAUUGAUCGAUCCACUUACGUUUUUCUAUAUACCAUCCGCUUCACAGAGUCGGACAUAACCUAAACCUAAACCUAAACAAAACCUAAAUCUAAACAAAGCUUCCAAAAAGUUUGAGUAGAUAAACAUAAACAGUAAGGAAAUUAAUCAGUCAGAUCAGUCAAUCAGUUGAAUAUUUUUGGGCCAUAAGAAGAAUAAGCAAUUCUAAUUAGUAAUUUCCUAUCUGCUCACGUCUUACUGCUUAAGUUCUUCUGCCCGGGCCUUAACAUACGGGUGUCGCGUUUUAUUCGCGCGAAGAAUCGAUCGCGGCCGUCGUUCGAGCAGCCGCGGACUAUUUAUCCCGCACUCUUCAGAGGAGGCUGCUCGUUCGUUGUGACGCGUCGCGCUGUAUAAUGCUGUCUCUGUCUUUUUCAAGAAAUAGGAAAUUCGCGGAGUGUACGAGAGACGCGACUGCGAGAGUCGCGCGGCCGCCGCCGAACGACUCUCGAGCGACGCGACGAGAGGGAGAUACGGUAGAUAGACUUUAUCUCGUGUAAUACGACGCGCAUUUGCCGAACGAUUUACGACUAAACACCGCGCUAUUACAUAUCAUCCAGCUUCCAUUCGCGAGCGGGAUCGGACGGCAUGGGCCGGGACGGGUGCGGGUGCGGGUGCGAGGACGGUGGCGGACGGAUGUGAAGUGGCUAUUGUGUUUUCUUAAUGGCUCGGCAAACCGCGCGGUUUAGGACGUCACCGCGCGCCGAUGUCGCAAAAUGGCAUGCCAUUUUGCGGCGAACGCCCGUGACGGUACCAUCAAUUUCCGAUUGGGCCGGGCGGGACGGAUCAGUGGGAAAAUGGGACGCGAAAAAUCGCUCGUCCCUACACACGAUCGAUUGCGCGACUCAGAUUCCCCGGCGUGAUAAGAGGAUAAAGAAUGUGAAGAAAGUGUAAAUGUUAAAGAACGUAUUUCUUUGCACGCUCGUUCGGUUCGGAGCGCUCCGGGAUCCGCGCGGCUCUGCGGAAUGACGCGCGAUCACCAGUUCGCCGACACCGAGAGAACACUUGCGUGCCAUCGCGGAUAUACUGAGGCAAUCAUUCCUUUUUCAUAAAUAUUAAUAUUAGUAGCGACCUCUCGCCGGCUUGAUCGACCUUGACAUACUCUCUAAAAGUGAAUCAGUGAAACUCACUGUUGAUCAGUGAUUAUGCACUGAUUAACAGUGAGUUUCACUGAUUCACUUUUAGAGAGUACAUUGUCAAGGUCAUGACGCUGACUAAUUCGCGAAAAGUUUUAGCCGUCGUUUAUUGCUGAAAAAGUCAUUAACGGAAGGAUUCAUAAAUGAAGCCUAUUGUCCCGAGACAUUGCACAUUAAAAAAUGUUCAACAGUACAUUUAACGAGGGAGGAGCGGAGCCUCUUCCAUGAAAAAGAAUCCAGCCUAACCUAACCUAACCUAAUCCAACCUAACCCAACUUAUUUUUUUUAUAUACGGUUGGACGUUGUUAAAAAGGAUUGUUGGAGGAAGUUAAGGUUUCCUUAAUUCUCUACAACUAAAUUUUUCUUCGUCGGUAUAAAAAGAUUAUGUAACAUGAAACCAGUAAAUAUUAAGCUCCAGAUAUAAAUUAACAAGUUAUUAUUUAUUUACAAACGCGCAUUAUUAACUAACUUACAAUUUUCAAAGAUUUUAUUCUAAAAAACGGUUUGUAACUUACAUUGGAUUACAAUAUCUAUACAUGCACAUAUAAUUUAAGUUAAAAAUAUCGAUAUAUCAGUAUGUACGUAAUUUCAAAAUUACGUGAUGUUACAGAGGUUUAAAACUCACGGUGUAUUGUUUAACGUUUUUAAUGCACACUGUGUCGGAAAAGCAGGCUCUGCUUAUAAAACAUUUUUGUUAAUAAUUUUUCAACAAUAAACAAUGGCUAAAUUUUUUGCAAGUUAAUCAGAGCUAUGUCCUUGACGAUAUAUGACAAGAUCAUCGGAAUCGCGAUGAAAUCGCCACUGAUAUUAAUGUUUACCGAUUCCUUUGUUGUCAAUCGCACGUACGCGCGCGCGCGCGCUAUUUUUAAUGCGAUUCGCUUGAUUUAUAGAGGAAAACAACGUAGAAUAAAUACUGUACGCGAUGUUCAUCGAAUUAACGAACGGACACCGUAUAAAUAGAUCGGAUCGAAUUGAAGACCAAUCGAACGCGAAUCUCUCUCCAUUUCGAGCCCACGGACCUCUGUCUUUCUCUUCCAGUACAGAUAUUUGCGUCGUAUGAUAUUCGCCGAGGAAGCCGCGCGAUCGAGGUGACAUUCUGCGGUUCGUUUAGGAUCUAUAAAUAUACGUGGAACGGUUGUAUAUAUAGGUACACACAUCGUAUCGAGAGCCUAUGUAUUCUACAAGUUUAAGGAUAUCGAUCGACAGGAUUAUUAUCGUAAAGAUCCCGAUGACCUCUUAAUUAACGAGACAUGUAGUUGAAUUUAGCAUCCGCGCAAUGAUUUUUGCGGCGGAAGUUGACGAGACGGGAUCCAUCGGGGCUUUGACCGGUGAUGUCGAUGUAACGCGACGGACUGUGUAACGUAUCGCGCGCAUUAGCAAUGAGCGACGCACACGCUCAUGGAUGGAACGUUUUCGGGAUUCGAUUUAGCUGACGGAUUGACUCGCCCGAUAUCGCCAAUAACCUGUAUAAUUGCCAUGGAUAUUGAAGUCGCGUUUGCCGCAAACGCGACGAAAUAUCGCGCUCGCUGCAAAGGAAUUUUUAAUGUCGGCGCGUUUGCACGCGAGGGAACGCGAGAACGCGAGAGCGCUUCGACAAUUUCGCGCGCGCGCGCGCGCGCCCUGUUCGCGCUUCGACGGGGACGUGAUUAUCGAGGCAAUACGAUAUCCGGAGUGAGCUCGUUAUGAAAAAUUGUUACGGUAUAACGCUAUGCGGAAAAAUGGAGCUCGUAUUCGAACGAUAAUAGUUCAUUAUCGCAUCACGGAUCGCGAGCGAUCGGCGAUGAGAGAACUCGCGCGAGACGGUCGGGAUGAUGAGCAAGGAGAGAGAAGGAUGGAGAGGAGAAGAGAGAGAGAGAGAGAGAGAGAGAGAGAAAGAGAGAGAGAGAGAGAGAGAGAGAGAGAAGAGCUGAAUGUCGGAAAGCGACGCGAAGUCUGUGUAUGCAUUGUCGUUAUACACUGUGUACUGUACCAUAUACGUACGUCACUGUAAUAAAAAUGCAAAUCUUUUUGUAA